AUGCUCAGAUUCGUCAGGAACUCGGCUCUGUUACUCUACGCUUCUUCCAGCCUGACGGCAGAGGCGGGCCCCGACGACCUGCAGAAGCCACUUACACCGCCACGCCGUACAUGUCUCCCGGCGCGAGCGGCCGCCGUCGACCGGGGCACCGGCGCCGGCGGCUUCCCGGACUGCCGCCGCGACCCCCUCUGCUCCAACGACGUGUGCGACGAGUCCCUGCCGCCGAGGGAGCGCGCCGCGGCCCUGGUGGCCGCGCUCACCGUCCGCGAGAAGCUGGACAACCUCGUCAACGAGGCGCCCGGCGUGCCCCGGCUCGGCGUCCCGCCGUACGAGUGGUGGUCCGAGGGCCUCCACGGCCUCGCGUCGUCCCCGGGGACCAGGUUCUCGGGCCGGCGCGGCGGCAACUUCAGCCACGCGACGUCGUUCCCGCAGCCGAUCGUCCUGGGCUCGGCCUUUGACGACGCGCUGGUGCGCGCCGUCGGGCACGCGGUGAGCACGGAGGCGAGGGCGUUUAGCAACCACGGCAGAUCGGGCCUCGACCUCUACUCCCCCAACAUCAACGCCUUCAAAGACCCCCGUUGGGGCCGAGGCCAGGAGACGCCCGGCGAGGACCCCUUCCACCUGCAAAGCUACGUCGCCGCGAUGCUCACAGGCCUCGAAGGGGAUUCUUCCACCUCUUCUUCCUCCUCCUCCGGGACCUCCGGGACAUCCCGGAAGAGGCUUAUCGCGACCUGCAAGCACUACGCGGCCAACGACUUUGAGAACUACGACGGCGUCGACCGCGCCGGCUUCGACGCCAACAUCACCACCCAGGACCUGUCCGAGUACUACCUCCCGCCCUUCAAGACCUGCGCCGUCGAGCGGGGCGGCGUCGGGUCCUUCAUGUGCAGCUACAACGGCGUCAACGGCACGCCCCUCUGCGCCAACCAGUACCUCCUGCGGGACGUCCUCCGGCGGCACUGGGGGUGGGACGGGGCCGGGCAGUACGUCUCGACGGACUGCGACUGCGUGGCGCUCAUGGUCUCCCACCACCGCUACGCCCCGGACCUCGCGCACGCGGCGGCGUGGGCCAUGAAGGCCGGCACCGACCUGGAGUGCAACGCGCACCCCGGCUCGGACGCCCUGCAGAUGGCCUGGAACCGGUCCCUCAUCUCCGAACGGGAGGUCGACGGGUCUCUGACGAGGAUGUACACGGCCCUGGUGUCCGUGGGCCAGUUCGACUCGCCCCGGGAGCAGCCGCUGCGCUCGCUGUCGUGGGAGGACGUGGACACCGAGGAGGCGCGGGAGCUCGCGUACAGGGCGGCGGUCGAGGGCGCCGUGCUCCUGAAGAACGACGGGACUCUGCCCUUGUCGGCCGACGCGAGGAAGUACGCCCUCGUCGGCCCGUGGGCGAACGCGACCACGCAGAUGCAGGGCAACUACUUCGGCCCCGCGCCGUACCUGAUCUCCCCUUACCAAGCCGCCAAGGACCUCGGGCUGGACGUCACUUACACCCCGGGCUGCCGGACCAACGACACCGACGCCUCGUUCCGACGAGCGGUGGCGUCUGCCCGCGCCGCGGAUCUCGUCGUCUUCGCGGGCGGCGUCGACAACACUCUGGAGGCCGAGACCCUCGACCGCCGCACACUGGCUUGGCCCGAUGCCCAGAUCGACCUCCUCCGGGCCGUCGCCGCGCUCGGGAAGCCCGUCGUCGUGCUCCAGUUCGGCGGGGGGCAGGUCGACGACGCCGAGCUGCUCGCCAACGCCUCCAUCAACGCCGUGCUCUGGGGCGGGUAUCCCGGUCAGUCGGGGGGCAGAGCCAUCUUCGACCUGCUGUUCGGACGUGCGGCGCCUGCUGGUCGAUUGUCGGUUACGCAGUAUCCGGCAUCCUACAGCAAAGCCGUACCGGCGACGGACAUGAACCUCCGACCGGGCCCGGGAAACUCGGGGCUGGGACGCACUUACAUGUGGUUCAACGGGGAGGCGCCGGUGCCAUAUGGAUCCGGUCUGCACUACACCACCUUCGAUGUCAAACUGGAAGCAGUCCAGGGGUCGGUUCUCACCCAAACAGAGGAGGCAUCCCCUCCGUUAGACGACGUCGACACCUCGGGGGUCCCGGCAUGGCAACGGGCCUUGGGCAAACCGGCCCUCACCGUUGCCGUCAAAGUGACCAACACCGGAGGGGUUUCUUCGGACUACGUGGCGCUGUUGUUCCUCAGGUCCAACGCCGGACUCGCUCCUCGGCCGCGCAAGACGCUCGCAGGCUAUUUCCGCUUCAGAGACAUCCGGCCCGGGGAGCGGGCAGAGAGGGAGAUCGCCGUCACGGUCGAGCGUCUGGUCAGGGUCGACGAGUCGGGGAACCGUGUGCUGCAUCCCGGGUCGUACGAGGUGUUUGUGGACGUGGACGAGAAGUCGACGAUUGCGUUCGAAGUCGGAGGCCCGCCGGUGGUGGUUGAGGAGUUCCCGCAGCCCAGGGACCGGAACUAG